AUGUCUGAUCACAAUACCUACCUCGCCUGUAAUGGACAAACCAGGUACAUUCUCUGGUGGCUCUGUCACACGUCCAAUGCUAUCCUGCAAUCUAUGCCACAAGGCCAAAACAACGAUUCCGAAGUCGUUGUAAAUACCACUGGCCAAGUCACAAGUAAGGAGCUUGUCAGCAUGGCGAGGAUGGUGGCAUCACGACUGUCACAACAACAAAUUCCCUCAACAAUAUUCCGACUGUUUCAAUCGGUCAUAUCUGCUAGAUCUUCAUCGCACGCAGCGUAUGUGGAGAUGGCAUCAAACUACGAAAAUGAGGAUAUGGAAGAAAGCAACAGAACUCACAAGCAUUUCAUCGAUCGCCUGCUUGAGGCAUUCGAAGUUCUUGGAGGUUCUGAAUGGAUCUCCAGCACAGAGAAUGGGACGGUCGAGCCACAAUCGUACGAAGAGAUCGAGGAAGUCGUCUUCUCCAACGCGUUCUCAGCCUUGAAGAUUCAUCACUGUACUGACGAUCUGAGUGAUGAUGAGACUGGCUCUGAGACGUCACCUACUGCAAAGCAUCCUCGAAAGACCCGAAAGACCAAACGCAAACAGCAAUCGAGACAGAAGAAGAAUGGACUCCCAAGAACAGCAAAUCACCCAGACACUCUGGAUGUGCCAUUGGAGAAUUUCUGCAUUGUUGAUGGUCCCGAAGGCGAUUCUGCCGAUUACAGGAUGGCUUUAGAAUCAGUGUUCGUCGAGUGGUGGAAGUUGCGCCAGCAUAUUCAACUGAUCUGGCUCAAUGUUGCCUACGAAGGUGCCAACAUUGCAGUUGCGGGUGCGCUGUCUGAGAUGGCAAUCGCAAUGGUCAAGAAAACCGCACUAGCAGUGUUUCUCGAGUUUCCAGCAGGUUUUGACACUUGGAGAGCAAUGACUCGUGAAGUUCAAGGUGGAGACCAUGAGCAUGAGAGCUCGUUUGAUCUCGGAUACAGAGAGGCUUCUGCCUUGCACACCUACCAGGAUCUUCUGGACUUCUUGAUCGACUACCAGAAGAAUCGAACCGGCAGACCGACAAAGCGUAUGCAAGCAAAGCUUUCAGGUUGGGAUCCUUGCUUCAAUUUGCAAGAGGCCAGCAUGCAGGAAAGAAUAGCAUGGCGUCGCUCGUACACUAUCAACUGGCUCUACGAUCUAGUCAAUGUGUUCUCGCAUAUCGUGCUUCAAGAAAACAAUAUCUCCGACGAGUGCCGAGCAUACGAGACGAUCGAAUGGUCCGUGAAGACUCCAUAUCACAGGCCGCGCAAAUUAUAUGGGAUGGAAUGUUUUGCGGAACUGAUCACUACUCUGGCGAUGCAGAAACCGGGAUCUGACGUUCAGUCCAAGAUUCUUUCCCAUCACGUCUUCCAACUACAGUGUAUGGUAGACUCUUUUACAACAUCGCACGGCUGGGCCCCUGGCUUACGAAAGGAUCAUGGAAAUUACACAAAACCUUUCCCAGGAAAGAGUCCGUCAAUGGAUUGCUUGAAGCUGUUCCUCGGCACACAUGAUAGCGAAUUCCUCUCAGGCGUCGGAGCUCUUUCAGAUCGCCUCAAAGAUUACCAAAGACUUUCUGACGACAGAAGUGUACCCUUCCGCAUUACUCAGAUCCUACUUGAUCGCUUCAAAGUCCAAACGGGAGAUUGGUUGGGCAAUUCGGAGCGCGUCUUCACAAGCGAGGUGCCAUCGCGGUUCUCUAGUGUCGCUCGAAAUGGACUGUGGGACUACAGUCCGUUCCUAUCUGGUGUCGGCUUGGUGGAAGCACUCGAAAUUUCAUAUCGCUUGACCAUGCUUGCCUGGGACACGAUUCCCGAAUUGCUUUCACUCCUUCGUCUACAGUACCUCCUGCUUCAAAAAGGCUACAUGCGACGAUCCGACGAACUGGUAUCUUUUCUGAUACACAAUGCGGCCUCCUCGUCUGAAGUCAAGAAAUCCAAAUCCUCGUCCCUGGCGAGCGUUGAAGAAUCGAGGCGUCGGUCCUCUAGAGUUGCAAAGUAUACGCAGCACGAUACGGAGACGGCGAUCGGAGCGGCCCAGGAUAUGCAGCACGUUCUGAGCGUAGAUGGCAACAUAAUAUUCCGACGCAAGUCUCACCUGCUGGUCUACCGCGAGUCUGGCUGGGACACAGCAAGAGUCGUGCAGAGCAAGGACUCAGCGGAGUCAGUACUCAGCUCGUUUUCUACAGUCUGGGCUAGGGACAAGAGCAACAAUGAUUCGGAAGGAGACCCUUUUCUGCGUCUAUACCGAGAAAACGCCAGCAGAUUCAACAGUGUGUUCGCAAGCGGAUCAUCUUCUAGCACUCUCGAUACCAGCGAGAUCACCGCAAGUUCGCAGAGACUUGGCCACAGCGAGUACGGUCCAGGAGGCCUCAGGCAGCUGGUCCUUGCCGAGUGGGACAUUGUCAACGACAUAUGCGACAAGAUUCCACUCUCGGGGCUAGACUACAUGUGGAUCACGAUGAAGAUUAUGGACAUCUUCGAAGCAGUGGAAAAAUCAUUGGAGUCGAUGAGCGUUGAGAAGUUCUUGUAUUGGGGUCGUCGUGAUCACAGAUGGAUAAGCCGCAUUGGUUACGAGAAGAUCUGGCCCAACAGAUCCGAGGCUGUGGAAGAAGAGGAACUGGUCGAAGAGAAGGAAAGUCAUCUCAAGAUAGAAGAAGAUAAGACCGAGAAAGUCAAACAAGAAAGCAAUGCAUAA